UGCUCAGGACUUUUCAUUUUACCAUCUUCGGGAAUGCACUCUUGUUCCGAUUGGGACUUUGGGACUGAGAUGCUUACGUUGUCUUGGCUUGGCUUGUGAUGCCAUGGGUAACAUCGUUGCCCUGCACGUUUAUCCAAAAUCCUUCGGCCUCUUUUACCUGACGAAUGUGGAGGCAAAUUGAGCAACUUUUCUUAGAGAGCUGAUUGGAUCUUGCGCUUGACAUGCUGUAAAGGCGGCAGAGGAGCACUCGUACGAAAGAGGCAGCACGGAGAGAGAGGCCGGGGGUGAAUUGCAGGGGAUGAUAUAAAGCCAUGCGACCGGCGCUCGGAGUGUCGCAGUUCCCCCUGGACGUCUCGCAGUAUCCAUCCUCGAGCUCUGUCUCUGUCGUACAUUUGACACAACACAGCAUCACGCAAAAGAUAACAAGCAUCCGCUCAUCGCCAUGAAGUUCUCACGCUCCAGCUUGUCAAUGCUCCUGGCGUGGACAUGCUCUCACGUCAACCUAGCAACAGCUCAGUGCGGGAACAGUACCAGCCCCCCGGUCAACUACGGCAUGGUGCUCUUCCCCAGUUUCCAAGCCCUCGACGUUUUCGGGCCCCUCGACAUCCUCAACAUGUUGUCCCUCUCGCAUCCCAUGAACCUGUACCUCAUCGCCGCCACCCUUGACCCCGUCAGCACGGCUGCGAUGUCCGCCAGCAUGAACCCCCUGAACUCGAACUUCUCCGAGUCCAUCGUCCCAACCCACACCUUCGCCGACCCCCCGCCUGACCUCGACGUUCUUAUCGUCCCGGGCGGCCUCGGCACGCGCGCCCCGGCGCCACGGCUGGACGAGCUGAUCGGCUUCAUCCGCGACGUGUACCCGAGCCUCGAGUACCUCAUCUCCGUCUGCACGGGGGCUGGCCUGGUCGCUCGCGCGGGGGUUCUCGAUGGCCGAAAUGCGACCACGAACAAGCGCGCCUGGGCGCAGACAGUCGCCCAUGGCCCUGCCACCAACUGGAUCGGUCGUGCCCGGUGGGUCGUUGACGAGAAUGUCUGGACCUCGAGCGGUGUCAGUGCCGGGAUGGACGCCACCCUCGCUUGGGUCGCGGCCGUUUUCGGCGAAGAGCAGGCCGACAGCCUCGCUCUUGGUAUGGAGUAUGAGCGGGUUAGCGAUCCUUCCAACGAUCCUUUUGCGGACUACUGGGGCGUGGAGGAUGUUCCACCCGUGCGUGUCCCGCUUGAGUGAGUCUGGUACACGUGACAAAAGGAAGUAGUUUUGUGCAGGGCUCUUGAUAGUCUGGGAUAGACGUUCCUGGGCGGCCGCAUGGGAGCAUUGUAACUUUAUGUCGCAGAGGUUGUUCGGGAGGACUCGGGUAUGUUAGCAUCUCGAAUACGAUGACAGGUUAGGUUCUUGGUUUGUUAGCGUUCAACACGAGAAACGAAAUCAACCACAACGAAAGGUAAGAAAGGGCCCAGGCAUAUGUCAUGAGCUGGUAAGCCUAGGAGAAACCAGGAGAAACAAUACUCCUGCUUCGCCCUUUAUGUUCGCGUAUAUAUGGCCAUCUCUUCUAAUACAUAAAAAAAAAUCAAUCCGAGGUGCUUUCUCAGUGCUGUAAGACAACGGGCUUCCCCUUCUCCCAUUCAUCCAGGCUAUCCUUGAUGUUCACCCAGUACCGCA